AUGAGAAUCAUCAACCAAGUAGCGGGCAAUGGGAAUAACCCUGAGCAAAUAACCCUUCUUCCGCAGGACAAAGAGGAUUUGUUCAGCUUGUUCAACAUUAUCAAUACCGACGAUGAAAUUAUCUUUAAGAAGAUGGUUACGAGCAAAGUUGACAACUUAGGGAAGAAGAAAACUUCUGACCUGAUAAGACUCCGGUUAAGAGUAAUAUCCUCUGAGUUUGAACCACAACAUGAGUUUUUAAGAUACAAGGGAGUCACUACAGAAGACGAUAGCGGGAAAGCCAAUGUUGAUGUUCCGCUCGGAAAAUACUUCAGCUUCACUAUAGAUUACAAGUAUCCCUUUACUUUGAUGAAGCAUGACUACAACUCCUUUGUUGCCAAGCAAAUUAAGGAUGCCUGCAGUUUGGAGAGUCGUUCGGAUAUAGCCGCCGUUGUCUUACAAGAGAGCAUUGCUCAUAUAUGUUUAUUGAGUUCUUUUAGUACUAUACUGAAGAACAAGAUAGAAUACAGUCUUCCGAAGAAAAAGAGGAGUACAGACAUUAUUAAGUUCGACGAAAAAGUCGAGAAAUUUUACAAAGCAACCUAUGAGUCCAUGAAGAGGCACUUUGAUUUUGGAAAACUCAAGGUCAUCAUAUUAUGUUCGCCGGGCUUUUAUGCAAAAUCCCUGUACGAAAAGGUAAUUCAAUAUGCUCAGGAAGAACAGAAUAAAGACCUUCUUAUGCAGAAAUCAAAAUUUCUAGUAGCACAUUGUUCUACGGGUUAUCUGCAGGGUAUCAGCGAGGUAUUGAAAAAUCCUGCAUAUAGCUCUCGUCUUCAAGAUGCAAAAAACUCCGAGGAAACCUUAAUAAUGGACUCUUUCUUAGAGCAUCUGAAUAACGAUGACUUCAAAGCAUGGUACGGUGAAGCAGAAGUAACAAAGGCAUCAGAGAUGGGUGCAAUUGACACUCUACUAAUUACAGACAGCCUUUUACGUGCAAACGACAUUCAGCUGAGAAGAAAGAGUUUAGCCUUAACAGAAGAUGUUGAAAAUGCGGGCGGAAAAGUUUUUGUGUUCAGUUCUUUACAUAGUUCUGGUGAGGAACUGGAAAAGCUUACGGGAGUUGCCUGCAUACUGAAAUUCCCCAUCCCUGACUUGGACGAAAAUUCAGACUCCGAUUAG